AUGGCAUUGUCACCCGGCAGCAUUGUCCCGGCUCAGCUUGGCUUCCUCGCCAUCUUCAACCCGUCUUUGGGAAACACGGAUGAGACCCUCGAUGACCAAAUCGUCUAUUAUGCGUCAGUGAGCACCCAGCGACAGAAACGUCGUCAUCGCUCGCGCAGCAAGCCGACCGAGAACGUCUCUCAGGAAGACCGCAAUGAACGCCUUCGUCAGAUCGGCCUUGCCCAGGGCAUGGUCGAAUUCAGCAAAAGUUUCUCUGGCGGUCAGCCCGUCGAUUCCAUAGACACCGAGAAAUCGCGUGUUGUCCUCCACGAGCUGGAGCAGGGUUGGUGGAUUCUUGCUUCCAUCGAUUUGACUCGCAUUCCUCUCCCGCCAAAGUUACAGACCGGAAAGGCUCAGGAAACGCCAGAUGAGGUUGUCGAGUAUUCUUCUAAGGAGAUUAAACCGGCCUCUCUACUGCUGCAAGACCUGCUCCGCGCCCACUCGGUCUUUCUGCUCCACCAUGGCACCUCACUUAGUGCCCUUUUCGUACGGUCUCGCAGGAGCAGGUUUCUCAGUCUUCUUGGCCGGUACUGGGAUCUCUUCUUGUCGACAUGGAACGUUAUGCUACAGGGCAACCCGGCACGCACCAUUUUCUCUGGCAUCAACGUCGCCGCUUCUGGCGAGCUAGGUAUUGGUGUCGGCGAAGAAGAGCGUGGGAGCGGAGAGCGCGAGGUCCUGGAAGGCCUCGUUGGGAGAAUUGACGGCCUUGUCGACCUCGUCGUGUCCAAAUUCGGAAAUGUUGACGCCGAUGGCCAAGUCAAAGACGGUAAGGAGCCUCGGAAAACGUGGUUGGGCACAGGUCAAGAUCCUGGUCCCGAGGACGGCGCAAUUUUCCUGGGAACUGGGGCCUUGUCUCGGAAAUCCGUGCGUGAUGUAGCACACUGGAUGGAAGAUCUCUAUACGUGGGGUGAGAACGCCUAUGGUGUCAUUGACAGCCCGACUGCUGUCCGUCGCUCUAGAAAGGGUAAGAAGACUUCAUCCACGCCGGGACAACAACAACAUCAGGAAGCGAAACCAUCCCCGCGACCACCUGUCCGACCAAAUGCUAAUCGGUCCGACUCUGGCUCUGGAUCUGGAGGAAGCUCUCGGUCUACGAGGACACUCGCAGAGCGACGUGGUCAAGAAAUAGGCACCGUGGAAGAGGCCAAGCAACCUGGCUCUAGCAAGGAGAAUGCCACGCCGCCAUCACAGGAUGAAAGUGACGGGCAUUUGGACAAGCUCAUGACGGUUAUGAAGCUUGGCUACGGCACGUACUGGUCCAUCGGUAAAUCUGACGCAACCUCUUCUGUGGACAAGACCGAAAUUUCUGCUCUUGCUGCUCAUCAGACCGGGGAGACAUCUAAGAAUCCUUUCGGCAAAGCACCAAAACCCAAAGAGAUGGACGAUGAUGUGGGUCACUUUCUGAUCGGGCUGAUGGGCGAUGUUGAAGAAAGUGGCGGUAGUGAAAAUGACGAAGCCAGGGAGGCGGAUGACCCCGAGGCUCUGGAGUCGAAUUCCCGUACCAUGCUCCGCACCGUCCAUGUCGAACUUGAGAAGACGGGAACAAACCGAGCGGAGGCGGACGUCGUGAAAGACCUUGGCAGCUUGACGAACGAAAUCACGCCUCUCGGAGCCAACGCCGUCAGCUCGAAUCCUCUGUUCGGAAACCAGGACUCCAACAAAGCGAGCAAGCUUCGCGUUGUGGUUUACAUCAGCAAGCCCUUCAUCUUCACCUUCCUAUUCGAGUUAAGGACCGACUCGCUGGCUUGGAGUACCUUUUAUAAGUCUCUGCAUCAUCAACUUUUGCCGCUUCGUAAGCCCCUUUUGUCGUCUAUUCAAUACCGGCCAGAACGGCCAGACUUCGGCUCAGCCGCAGGGACUAUCUAUGAUCUCGUGUGGGACGCCGAGGCCAUGACAGUUCACUCAUCCAUACCCAAUAUACCCGACCACUCGCAGGUUUGGCAACCCAACGCACAGCCGGCAUGGUCCCGUGUUGAGGCAAUGAAUACCCACAUGCAGCUCCUCAACAUAUUUAACAUAACGCGGACGGAGAUGACUGAGGUUGAGCGCACCUGCAAGACAAACCGCGGGUGGUGGGUCGUCUGGCAACGUAUUCUAGAACGCCCGGCGGCGGCACCAGUCAAUGAGCCCUCGCCCGAGAUUGAGGAGGAACAGAACCAGCAGCCCUCAGAGAGCGAGAUUUCUUUACCGACGACGAGAUCAGGCUCGAGCACGCAGCUGGCCAAAAAGUCGCCUGGGCCUGCGCCGACGGUUAGUAAGGAGAUUUUCCUGAUCCGCAGGGCCAGCGACCACGCCGGAUACCGGGGCGUGAGCUCGUCGUACGCCGAGGGCGGAGCGGGGUGGGGCGACGGCGCGGGCCGUCUCGCCUCGGGGAUUGGCAUCGAUACCCGUAGAUACAUUGAGGGGUUGUUGAACUUUAGCCGGUAG